GUUUAUUUCUUGUUUACUAUUUAUUUAUUUUCGUACCAGUUGUUCAGCAACAACAAAAAAUCUUCGUGACAGUCAGCUGUUUGACAUGUUUGACAUUGCGACCGCAGUCCAAACUACAAGGCCCAUUAAAACCUUACCUAGUAUUUACAUCAAAUGACGUUCAAACUGGCAAGAUGAUAAGAAAGACUUUAUUUGUAAAUCAUGUACGGAGUGUCCUCAGUACAUAUCGAUUGCCUCGUAGGCAAUUUCAUCCCUCAAGCAGACAAACGAAAGCCGUAAAGAAAGUACCAUUCAUAUCUAUUGGAAUUGGCUGCACUCUGGGAGGUGUCUUAUUAUACGAUGGAGUGGUAAAUGAAUUUACAUAUUUUGGAGCAGCAACAAGAUUUAUGCGUUCCCUCAAAACCGCCAGCCUGAUAUCGUAUGAUUAUUUUAUGUUGGAUGAAGAGGAUCCAGAAUAUGAGAAAAACCUUAAAGUGGUGCAUCAACGGAGUGCAGAUCGUCUAUUGGAAACGUGCUUAAAAAAUGGUGGCCUUUACAUUAAGGUGGGUCAGGGUUUUGCCGCAAUCAAUCACAUUUUGCCCAAGGAAUACACAAGUACAUUGGCAAAACUUCAAGACAAAUGUUUGCCCACAUCCAAGGAAGAUGUCCAGAAAGUGUUUCAAAAGGAUUUCGGCACCAAUCCGGAGAAUUUGUUUCAAGAAUUUGAUUAUACGCCGGUGGCUGCUGCCAGCAUAGCCCAGGUUUUCAAAGCCAAAUUGGAAACUGGACAACAAGUUGCUGUUAAGGUACAAUACAGUGAUUUGCAGAAACGUUUUGUCAGCGAUCUUGGAACCAUCAUUAUUUUGCAUGACAUAGUUGAGUUUUUCUUUAAAAGCUAUAAUUUUGGCUGGAUCCUAAGGGAUGUUAAGAAAAAUUUGGUCCAGGAAUUGAAUUUCAUUAAUGAAGGCAAGAAUGUGGAACGUUGUGCCAAAGAUUUGAAAAUUCUAAAAUUUGUACAUAUUCCCAAAGUAUAUUGGACACAUACGAAAACGAGGGUAUUAACAUUGGAAUGGAUAGAUGGCAUAAAAAUUAGUGAUAUUGAAAAGUUGGAAAGAACCAAACUAAAUCUAAAGGACAUCGACAGAAAACUGUUUCAAAUGUUUUCAGAACAAAUCUUCAAUACUGGAUUUGUGCAUGCUGAUCCACAUGCCAGCAACAUUUUUGUACGGAAAGCACCCAGCGGCAAGGCGGAGCUUGUUCUUCUCGAUCAUGGCCUCUAUGAAGAAUUACCUGGAAACAUUAGAAAUAACCUGUGUGAAUUUUGGGAAGCCACUGUGUUGCGAGAUGAAAAGAGCAUGCAAAAAGCUGCCAAUAAAUUGGGUAUCAAAGAUCAUAUGAAAUUCGCUGAAGUUCUUUUCCAGCAGCCAAUACGCAUACAUGGUGGCACAAUAAAAACCAAGCUGAAUAAAGAUGACAUAAACUAUAUGCAACAAAUUGCUCAAAAGAACUUCGAAAUGAUUAUGUCAACUUUAAAGGAAAUGCCCAGGAAUAUGUUGUUCGUUGUUAGAAAUUUAAAUACUGUUCGAGCUAUUGGACGUAUGCACGGUGACGUUGUAAAUAGACCCAAAGUCAUGGCACAAUAUGCACAAAAAUGUAUUUACAGAAAUUAUCAUUCUGUCAAGGGGUAUUUUAAAUGGUUAUAUCGUAGGUUGUAUUUUGAAUAUUCACUGUGGUCUUUUUCAUUUAGACGAUCCUGCCUAUCGCUGUAUUUUAAUGUAUUAUAUAAACUAGGUCGUGCUCCGGCCUCAGCCAAAACUAUCUUAAAAGAUAUGGAACAUCAACACAUAGAUUAAAUAAAUUCACACAAAUAGGAGAGGUCCAUGCUAGUCUAAUUCCAGUUUAACUUAUUCAAAAUAAGAAUAAAAGCUUUAGAGGGUAUAUCUGGUGUAAUAAAUUGCAAAUAAAUUUACUAACAAGUUUUGCUUGUACUACUACA